AUGUUUUUGAAAUAUAACACCGAUCUCGGGCCACCAUUUCAUGUUAUUGUGGACACAAAUUUCGUCAAUUUUUCCAUCAAAUAUAGAAUUGAUAUGAUGCAAGGAUUUAUGGACUGUCUCUAUGCAAAAACAAUCCCGUACGUAACGGACUGUGUUGUUGGUGAACUGGAGAAGCUGGGGCAGCGAUGUAAGGUGGCGCUCAAAAUUAUCAAAGAUAGUCGUUUCAAACGUCUGAUAUGUUCACACAAAGGCGUCUAUGCUGAUGAUUGCAUUGUGCAACGUGUCACUCAGCAUAAAUGCUACAUUGUUGCCACCUGUGACAAAGAUUUGAAACGAAGGAUACGCAAAAUUCCCGGUGUACCAAUUAUGUACAUACGACAGCAUCGAUUUUCAAUAGAACGUAUGCCGGAUGCAUACGGCGCACCCGUGAACUAA